AUGAAGUUGAUUCUCUCCACCUCGAAUAUAAUGACCGCCGGAGGUCCUUCCGUAAUCCGGCAACCGUCAACCUUCAAAUCAAACGUCGAGCUAAUCAACUCGCUGCGCGCAAACUUCCAAGCCGCGCAACAAUCCAUCCCCGCGGAAACCACCACAGCCAGCGGCGGCGGCGGCGGCAGCAGCAGCAGCAGCAGCAGCUCCUGGACAAAACGCGAAGACGACGCCCUCUACAUUCCCGCCGUGGACUUCUCCCAGCGCGGCCUCGCCGAAGAACGCUCGCAAUAUGACAUCACAGUAAAACUAUUCUACCUGCCCGGCAUCCCCGUCUCUCGCCGCUGCGCGCACACAAAGCAAGCGAUCGAGCUGGUUCUGAAGGAACUGCACGUCGACUCAAUCGAUCUGCUGAUCGUCUCAUUCCCGGGCAUUACAUUCGACGCAGAGGACGACAGUGAAGAGGAGGAAGAUAACUCGGGUGAUGGCGGGAGCAGCUACGAGCAUGAAGAUGAUUUCGACAGCCUCGUACAGACAUGGAAAUGCCUUGAGUCGCUGCAUGAGCAGGGGAAGAUCUUGCAGCUGGGUGUUGCGGAAUUCGGCAGCGAGCGAUUAGCGCGGUUCCUGGAGCAUACGCGUGUCAAGCCGGCUGUCAACCAGAUCAAUCUCAAGGACUGCUGUGUUGUGCCGAAGAGUCUGAUUCUGUACGCGAAGGAGCAGAAGAUUGACCUUCUGACGCAUAAUGAUUGUAAUGAUAUUUUGCCCAAGGGCACGAUUCGGGAGCUGCUGGGGCCUGGGGAGAAGGGGGCGGGGAUUCUCGCUUCGGCGCCGGGACAGGAGGGAGAUGAGGAUUUGGUCAAGGGGGAUAUUGAGACGCAGUGGGUGGUUAAGUAUACGGCUGUUGUGAAGGACCGGGGGGUUGUUGAGAAUAAGGGCUAUUUUGCGUUGGCGGAUGUUGGGAGCUGCGUUAAGCCUUGA